UAGCUGGCUACAUGUCGUUACGGAACAAAUAUCGCGACUCGCUCAAGGCUGUAAGGAAAAUUUAUUUUAUUCGGAUAUCAUUUUCUUCAUCGCCAUCAUAGUUAACAGAGUGGUGCCAAUUUGCACGUCCUUUUCUCACGAGCAGAAGAAGAAGAAGGAGACUCCAUUGAAAAAGCUCUCGAACGUCUCCGUGUCUUGUCGGUGGACGUCUGGAUGAACCAGCCACUCAGUGGAUGAACAGGCUGCCACGCGUCAUGAACACAGCGUCCCCAGCUGUGGGGGCAUGCUCUGCCACCGGGCAGAGUCACUCGUACAGCGUCUGCCCCCUGUCCAACGCGACGAGCGAAGUGCACGAAGUCAUCAGCGGCCUGCACGACGUGACGGGUCACGGUGUCUUCCAGUGGCGCAUGCUCCUGUUCGGCAUUCUGUCCACACUGGUGCUGCUGUGCCACGCGCUCUCGUACCGGCUGAUCGCCCGACCCGUGGACCACUGGUGUCGGCCACCCGACGAUCUGGCUGGGCCUGACGGCGCCUGGAAGAACGUCGCCAUACCGCUGCUCCCCGACGGCAGCUUCAGCCAGUGCACCGUCUACGAUCCGCCACUUCCGCACCUGAUGAACUACACGCGCAAGGAGGUCCUGUGCGAUGCCUGGCAGUACGACACGACCAGCCAGCAGGACAGCAUCGUCAGCCAGUGGGACCUGGUGUGCGACCGAGCCUGGUUGGUGCCUUUCUCCUCGGCCGUCUACAUGUCGGGAGCCAUAAUGUGCGUGCCUGUCUCGGGCAUCGCGGCUGACCGCUGGGGCCGGAAGCCCGUCAUCAACGCAUGGGUGGCCACGCUCCUGGUGGCCGGCGUCGGAUGCGUCGGCGCGAGUUCGUACAGCCUCUUCGUGACCUCGCGUUUCGUCGUGUCGGCCGCCAACAGCAGCAUCACGGUGAUCGCGUUGAUCCUGCUCUACGAGGUGACCUGCAAGGAGCGACGGUUACUGUUCGUGGUCAUGUUCGCCAGCUGCAGUACGGUGCUCCUGCCCAUCGUCUACCAGCUCAUCGAGCUCUGCCGCCUCAACUGGCGGACGAUCCAGAUGGUGUUCAUGCUGCCCACGUCGCUGCUUGUCUCCUGCAUCUACCUGCUCGAGGAAUCGCCCAGCUGGCUGCUGGCCAGCUGGAAGGCACGAGCAGCUGAGCAGGUCGUCCUCCAGGCCGCCGCGGUCAACGGCGUGCCGGCGCAAAAAGCGUCGGAGGCGUUCCACGCGCUCCGCGAGAGACUCGAGAGGCUGGACGUGGCGCGAGAGUCACCCUUCGUGCUCUCGCCGAGCGCUUUCGUCCAGGAGGCCCUGCUUCGGUGGACCACGCUGACCGUCGAACUCUGCUGGUUCACCACGUUCUUCGGCUUCUACGGAAUUAACCUCCGAGGCGCCAGCGCGGUGGCCUCGACGGCGAUGGAGGACGAACUGUUCGUCGCGCUGCAUACGCCUCUGGUCGUGGCCGUCUACUGCAGCAUGCGGCGCGCGGGACUCCGCGUCACGCUCUGCGUGCUGCUGUGCCUGACGAGCGUUGCCUGCGCGGCGCACGGCGUCGUACGCCCUACAUCGGCUGCCGUUGACCUCAUUGGCGAAGUGCGUCGAGUCCUGGUCACCUUGCUUCUGGGCCCAACCUACGUGCGCGCGGCCCAGCUGUUUCCCGCGCGGAUGCUCUGCGCGGGCAUGUGGGCGUCGUACGCCGUCGGCCACUUCGGCGCACUUGGCGGGUCACUCCUGGUGAACACGAACGAAACGACGUUCGACACGUUCCUGGGCGUGACGGCCUUCGCCGCCUUCUGCGGUGUCCUGUCCGCGCCGGACUCGGCGCCUUCGAUGGUUGCUCCGAAAUCUUCGACGCCUUUGACAAUGUUGGAGAGGCCCAGCGCCUUUCACCGCCCUGGUGCUGAAGCGGCGAACAACAGAGAGGCCCAGGAGACAGCACAACCGCGCAGGAAGGCCUCCGUUGUUUCUUUCGCCGACGCGGAGGUCAAGUCGGUCUCCAGAUCGUCCUUGUCAACGACCUCCGGACGUAAAUUGUUGUCAAAAUAGGAAUACCCUUGUUUAUUGUCGUCUUACUUAAUAUUGCUCAAUGUCCAGUUUUUCUGUUGUUGUUUUUUGUUUGUAUUUGUUUGGAGAAGUAUUGAAAAGCAGGCAUUAAAGUAACGAAGAUUUCGUUCCAA